CGGUUUCCGGGCUGUUACAAUUAUCUUGGGAGUUGGGGUGCUAAAGACUUGAACUUUCUCUUAUCCUUGAUGAAUUCAACUAAUUUAUGGAUAGUGGAAAUCGAUAGAAACAGAUUUGGAGGAGUUUUACCUGAAUCCAUCAGCAAUUUCUCGAUAAAUCUUUCAAAAUUCUCAAUAGAUGAAAAUGGCAUAUCAGGAAGAAUUCCCUCUGGAAUUGUCAAUCUUGUCAACUUGGAGAAGCUCUCCAUGACAAAUAAUCAGCUUUCAGGUAAUAUUCCCAAUGACAUUGGCAAACUUCAGAACUUGAAGGUUUUGAUUUUAGAUGGAAACAGACUUUCUGGAAUCAUUCCAUCUUCUCUUGGAAAUUUAACUCUGCUGUUUGAAUUGCGCUUGUACAACAAUCAGCUUGAAGGCAACCUACCCCAAAGUUUAGGUGGAUGCCAAAACUUGAUGUUGUUAGAUGUUGCUAAAAAUAAUCUAAGUGGUAAAAUUCCCGCACAAGUGAUUGGUCUCUCAUCACUAUCGAUCUUUGCUGACUUCUCUGCAAAUUAUUUCACUGGUGUCAUUCCUAAAGAAAUAGGGAAUUUGAAAGAUGUAGGCGAGUUGGGUAUUUCAGAUAACAUGUUAUCUGGAAGAAUUCCUGAUAGUCUUGGAAGUUGCAUAAAGCUUGAAGUACUUGCUCUGCAGGGGAAUUUCUUUCAUGGAUCCAUUCCUUCAUCAUUGGGUUCAUUGAGAGGCCUUCAAGAAUUGGAUCUUUCUCGUAACAAUUUGUCAGGAAAAAUUCCAGAAUUUUUUCAGAGUUUUGUCUUGCUGCAAACAUUAAAUUUGUCUGACAACAACUUUGAAGGAGCUGUACCAGUAGAAGGAAUCUUCAGGAAUGCAAGUGCAAUAUUACUCAAAGGAAAUGCUAAGCUUUGUGGAGGCAUAUCUGAAUUUCGGCUGCCAAAGUGCAACAUCAAAAAUCAUAAGAAACGAAUGAGUCUUCUCUUGAAGAUUGUCAUCUCUGCAGUCUGUUCACUUUCAGGACUAGCAUCUUUAUUCACUUGUGCACUUCUUUACUGGCUAAAAAACAAGAGGAAAGAGCCUGCAUUGGACCCUUACAAGAAUUUGCUUUUGAAUCUUUCUUACCAAGAUCUUGUAAAGGCUACUGAUGGGUUCGUCGCGGCUAAUCUUAUAGGUGCAGGUAGCUUUGGACGUGUGUAUAAAGGAAUUCUUGCCGAGAUCGGGCCAACAGUUGCUAUUAAGGUGCUCAACCUCGUAGAUUCUCGAGCUUCGAAAAGCUUCAUAGCUGAAUGUGAGGCCUUAAAGAAUAUAAGACAUCGGAAUCUUGUUAAGGUACUCACUGCAUGCUCUGGUGUUGAUUACCAAGGUAAUGAUUUCAAGGCUUUAGUUUAUGAGUACAUGGUUAAUGGGAGCUUGGAGGAAUGGUUGCAUCCAAUUCCUAGAACAGAAGAAGGAGAUCAUGGGCCACCUAAGAGGUUAAAUCUUCUCCAGAGGCUAAAUAUUGCCAUUGAUGUGGCUUCAGCUUUAGACUAUCUUCAUCAUCAAUGCCAAAUAUCUAUCAUUCAUUGCGACUUAAAGCCGAGCAAUGUUCUUCUUGACGAUGACAUGAAUGGACAUGUAAGUGACUUUGGCUUAGCCAAAAUUCUUUCAGAAUGCACCAACAAUUAUUCUACCAGUCAGUCAAGCUCAAUCGGAGUACGAGGGACUUUAGGGUAUGCUCCUCCAGAGUAUGGCGUAGGAAGCCAAGUUUCAAUAUACGGAGAUGUGUAUAGCUAUGGUAUCAUGUUAUUAGAAAUGUUCACAGGAAGAAGGCCUACCGAUGAAAUGUUUAAAGAGGAUUUGACUCUUCACAACUUUGCUAAGGCAGCAUCUCCUGACCAAGCGGCUGAAAUUGUGGAUUCUUUUCUUCUUGAGGGAACAAUUGACAUGGAUAGGAGAAUGUAUUCCACAAGUCAAAGAUUUCAGGAUUGUUUGUUUUCCAUAAUUAGGGUUGGGGUGAAUUGCUCGGCGGAGAUACCACAAGAACGAAUGAAAAUCAAUGAUGUGGUAGCUGAAUUGCAUUCUAUUAAAAACAAACUUAUCGGAGCUACCAUCAGAUAGAAAUUUGUAUAAAUAAUGUUAUUAGAGGUAUAUUUCUAUUGUUAUUUUUUAGAAGAUAAUUUUUCAAAAAUAAAAAUAUAAAAUAUAAUAUGAAAAAUAAUGAUAUUUUAAAAUUCAGAAAAUAGAGUUUACAGUUUGUGUAUAAGCUUCGCUGGGGCAA